GCCAGUCUUCGUCGGACGUGCGAGGUAGCGUCCACCCUCAAACGCUGCGGUGUUUAUGACGACUCUAUCUGGAUUAUUUAGGCGUUAAAACUUGGAUAUUGUUCGCAAAUUCGUCGCAGAGCAACAAUGUUGACUAGUUUAAGGACCUUGAAAGUGCUAACAGGUCCACAGUGACUACAGCCUGUCCCCCAGUAUCCUCCUGCACCAGCCUUUGAAGUGAGGCCAGGAGUGUGUUUUUCUCCAGCCAGUCUCCUCCCUGCUGCCUUCAAAGCGUCUCCAGACAAACACUUUUUUGUGCUGCCAAGGACACAGAAAGCAAGUGAGACAAGGACCCAGGAAAACAGCAAGACAGUGGGACCUGCCAAAGGAAAUAAGUUAGUCCUAUAAAUCUUUAGAGGGAUUAUUCCACUUCACAGGACAUAGACAUGGGGAACCAGUUAACAGAAAUUGCCCCUAGCACGGCCUUCCUCCCCAGCUUCCAGUCUUUACACAUAGUGGUGAUAGGUUUGGACUCUGCAGGGAAAACCUCCCUCCUCUACAGACUCAAGCUACGGGAGUUUGUUGAGACGAUCCCCACCAAAGGCUUUAACAUGGAGCGGAUCAAAGUGCCCAUGGGGAAAACCAACACCACCAUGUUACAGGUGUGGGACGUCGGCGGUCAAGAGAAACUGAGGCCCCUCUGGAAGUCGUACACCCGGAGGACAGACGGGCUGGUGUUCGUGGUGGACGCAGCUGAGGCGGAGCGCAUGGAGGAAGCCAAGGUGGAGCUCCACCGGAUCACCCGGUUGGCAGAGAACCAAGGGGUGCCCGUGCUGGUUCUGGCAAACAAACAGGACCUGGAUGGAGCCAUGUCUGCUUCAGAGGUGGAGAAGGUGCUGGCCCUCCAUGAGCUGAGCUCCUCCACGCUGCACCACUCACAGGGCUGCUCGGCGCUGGAUGGUCAGGGCCUGGAGCCCGGCCUGGAGAAGCUCUACGAGAUGAUCCUGAAGAGGAAGAAGAUGCUCCGACACAGCAAGAAGAAGAGAUGAGGCGGAGGAUGGCAGCAGUGCUGGGGAUAGAGGUUAUUUUUUAACCACUGCUUGUCUGAGGACCUUCUGAGCAGCCAUGUCUGUGAGACUUUUGGAUCUUCAGUGGGAGAAAGCAGAGGGGAGCCUGUCAGUCACACAAGUUGGGAAGUUUCAACCAAGAUCAAACUCUGGCUUUCAAGUCUGUAGCUGAGAACACAUUCCUUCACCCUCUAGACAUUUGAGCAGACAUUCUUCCUUUGGGAUUGUUUCUGCUCUGCACUCUUCCCUCUCCUCACUUCCCACCCUUGAAGGUGCACGACAGAGACAUACAGCUGUGCAAUAUAUGUUGAACACUCACUGAUGCACUCACUCCAAUACUGAAGGAUAUUUUGUAGCACUACUUGUAGGAACUGUAGUGCCAACAGAAAAUUGCAGGCCUGGCCCGUGCCUAGCUCCUGUUCUUUUCAGAGUUUCAAUGAAACACGUUGCUCUAAAUCUUUAUGUUGCAUGAUGUUCACCCAAAUACCUGCUUGGGAAUAUUAAGACAACACUUUUGUUGAUCAAAAGAAGACUAUUGUGAUUAUUGUAGUUUAGAAAGUGCCCGGUGUUCAGUUUGGUGUGACAUUGGGACUACAAAGUGACAUUUACAGACUGACACACUGAGGCUGCUGAAUCCAGCUGUGCAAGUUUAGAUUGUUUUUCACUCCUCACCAAAGUUGUUUGCUUGUCACAGGUCGGUGUAUUUCAGGGUCGGCUGAAUGGUUGGUUCAAACAAGAAACUGUUUUUAUAUCGUGUACAUUUAAAAUGUCAGCAUAUAAAUAAAUUAUUGAGCAUCUUUGGACUUAUGUUCUGAAAA